CAGGUUUACAACCUUUCGACUAACUAGUCCACCAGGAAGGAAACCUGCGGCAGAUGUAUCCGGUAAAUCGAAACUACUGUAGGCUACGUUAACUUUGUCGCUACCUCAAUCUCAAUCUCUUUCUGUUACAUUUUCUCUCUCUUUCUUUGUCUCCGUCUCGCUCGCUCUCGCUGUCUCUGUGACUCGCUGUGUGUGUGUGUCCACGGGUGUCCUGCAUUGAGAGCGUGGUACGAUGACCGAGGCCAGUAUCUCCGUGAGCCAGGACCAGUUCAGCUGCUCCAUCUGUCUGGAGCUGCUGCGGGACCCCGCCACCCUCUCCUGCGGACACAGCUUCUGUCUGGCCUGCAUCCGCGACUACUGGGACCGCUGUCCGGGUACCGGCCCCUGGAGCUGCCCCCAGUGCAGACAGACCUUCGCCCCGCGGCCCGCUCUGGGCAGGAACGGCAUGUUGGCGGAGGUCAUCGAAAAGCUCAAGCGCACGGGACACGAGUCGGGCCGUGCUGUUGCCGCCGUUACUACGCAGGGCUACGCGGGACCUGGCGAUGUGGAGUGCGACUUUUGUACCGGGAGUAAACGGCGAGCGGUCAAGUCGUGCCUGACCUGCCUGGGCUCGUACUGUGAGGUUCACCUGCAGCCGCACCGCGACGUGCCGUGUCUGACGAAGCACCGGUUGGUGGCUGCCACUGUGCACCUGCAGACCAGAACGUGCGCGCAGCACGAGCGCAUCUUGGAGGCGUUCUGCCGCACCGACGAGCGACUGAUCUGCCUGCUGUGCGUGAUGGACGGACACGCCGGACACACCACCGUACAGGCUGCUGCAGAGAGGACCGAGAAGCAGAGGGCGCUGUUGGAGAUGAAAGGGGAAGCCCAGAGGAGACGCCUGGUGAGAGAGAAGGAGCAGCGGGACCUGAGUCAGGACCUCAACACUCUGAAGGCCUCUGCCCAGACUGCGCUGCGGGACGCUGAGAGGGUGUUCUCCGAGCUCAUGGACUUCCUGCAGAAGAAGCGCUCCGAGGUGGCGGCGCUGAUCCGAGCGCGGCAGGAGGCGGAGACGGAGCGGGCCACGGCGCUCCUGCAGCAGGUGGAGCAGGAGGUGGAGGAGCUGCGGAGACGAGAGGCGGCCAUGGAGCAGCUGCUCCGCAUCGACGACCACGUGGAGUUCCUCCAGAGAUACGAGUCCCAGUCCACUUCAGAAGACUGUCCCAGGAUUGUGUUUGUUCCGCAGUUCUCUUUCAGUGAUGUGAUCGCGUCGGUGUCUGCCAUGAAGGAGAACACAGAGCAAAUCUUCCGGGAUGAACUGGACAGAACUCCACACAGAGGGGACAGCAGGACCAGAGCAGUACCCCUCAUAUUUCGAACUACAGUGUGUCCUCUCUCCCAACCGGCGUGCGGGUUGGAGACCAAGUGCGGGUCAAACCGUCCGUCCUCCAACCCAAGUACGGCUGGGGCGUCCCACGAGUCACACACAGGAGUGUAGGAGUGGUCAAAUCUGUGGAUGCCAGUGGGCAGCAGGUUAAGGUGGACUUCCCUGAGCACGCUAACUGGACAGCGUUGCUACAGGAGAUGGAGCUGGCCCCCUGACCACAGCGCAGGACAGACCACGAUGACCAUGUCACCUCUCCAAGUCAUCCCAGCCAUGUCACCUCUCCAAGUCACCUCUCCAAGUCACCUCUCCCUGUCACCUCUCCAAGUCACCUCUCCAAGUCAUCCCAGCCAUGUCACCUCUCCACGUCAUCCCAGCCAUGUCACCUCUCCAAGUCACCUCUCCAAGUCACCUCUCCAAGUCACCUCUCCACGUCAUCCCAGCCAUUGUGAAAUGUAUGCAAUAACUGAUCAUAUUUUCUAAUAUAGUAUAAUGGGGGCAGCCGUGGUGUACCGGUUAGCGCAUCGGGCUUGUAACCGGAGGGUUGCCGGUUCGAUCCCCGACCAGUCCACCACGGCUGAAGCGCCCUUGAGCAAGGCACCUAACCCCUCACUGCUCCCCGAGCGCCGCUGGUUGGGCAGGCAGCUCACUGCUCUGGGUUGUGUGAUUCACCUCACUGUGUGUUCACUGUGUGCUGUGUGUUCACUAAUUCGGUUAAAUUGGGUUAAAUGCAGAGAACUGAAUUUCCCUCACGGGAUCAAAAAAGUAUAUAUUCUAUUCUAUUCUUUAAUAUUUAUAAGUAUAUAGUAUUAUAUAUUUCAUAGCCUACUACUUUGUGCCUUUAUGCCUCGUGUAAACACAUAAAACACUUUCUAAAAAUCCCAAAACGUUCACUAGCAUGAAGAGCAUUGUAUAAAUCACUCCAGCCGUGAGGAAGCACUCACGACAAGAUUGAAUAACGGUAUGUUAUUCACUGAGCUGCUGCUUUAGUUGAUACUGAUUGUAAUCUUAUCUGAACUCUAACCAAUAAUUAUGUUCUCUAUCCACAUUUUAAUUCAGCAAUAAAGAAAUCAUUUUUAAAUAAUAUUUUGUGGUAGGCAUUUAUUUGAUGCCUAUUAUUAUGCAAAACAGUUUAACAGGCAUGCACAGUAUUUUAGAUAGAAUUUGACCCUGGAGUCCAAAUCCCACCCUGGGAUUCGAAAAACUGUUAAAAACACACAUCUGAAUCUCUACAUGAUUUUGUCCUAGAAACAUAUAAGUGACAUCAUUAAAAACCUCGAAUCUU